CGGCUGCCGCGGCCCGGGCGGGGGGGCCGAGCGGGGCGGCGGCGCUGAGCCACCACGGGUCACCCCGCGGGUCCCCCGGCCCCAGCAGCCGCUCGCCCCCGCCUUCUGCCCGCGGUUUUCACGGGAGAGAAGUGUCGGCAUCUCCCUCCUUCGUUACCGGGCUACGAGCACUCCCUGGAGACAUGGACCACUCAGCGGAUGCAUCCGGGCUCCUGGAAGACUCUGAUGUUGGGUCUCAGAAAGAGAGAGUGGUGACAGAGGAGGAAUGGCUACAAAAAUGGGAAAUGGGUAACAUCGGGUUUCACAAGGAAGAAGGGCAUCCGCUCCUCCAAAAGUAUCUGGAUGUUCUUAUAAAUGGCAGGAGUGGACUGAGGAUAUUUUUCCCGCUUUGUGGUAAAGCAGUAGAGAUGAAAUGGCUGGCGGACAUGGGACACAGCGUUGUUGGUGUGGAAAUCAGCGAGGAAGCAGUGAAGGAAUUUUUUUCAGAACACAGUCUGCCUUAUUGUGAGGAGCCAGUCCCUGAGAUUUCAGGAGCAAAAAUGUUCCAGAGUACCUCUGGCAACAUUUCCCUCUACUGCUGCAGUAUUUAUGAUUUGUCCAGCUCGAUAAUUGGCAAGUUUGAUGGGGUUUGGGACAGAGGAGCUCUUGUAGCUGUGAAUCCAUGUGACAGACAACGCUAUGCCAGUUUGAUGAUCAGCCUAGUGGAGAAAAAUUCUUCUUAUCUCCUUGUUACAGUUUCAUAUGAUCCAAACAAACACAAAGGCCCACCAUUUUAUGUUCCUGAAUCCGAAAUUAAAACUUUGUUUGGCAAGUGCUGUGAAAUUAGGUGUCUUGAAAAAGUUGAUGACUUCUCAGAGAGGCACAGACAAUGGGGACUAGAUUAUUUUCUGGAGGUGCUAUAUGUACUAAAGUUUGUAGCUUGAUUAAAAUUUAUUAAAAUAA